AGCUAGGUGUGUAAGGAUUUACGUCGACGUAAUUCAUUUGAUCACGUGGGGCUCAGCAGACGGAAGUGACAUCCGACAUCUUGAUGCGGAAGGGUUUUGAUUCUCUGCUUAUCUAACUAUCAGAAGUAAACAAAAUAAAGAAAGAACGGCGACAGAAUUAUAUUUUAAACGUUAAGAUAAUUUUAAUAUAGUAGGUGUUAUUUGUUGAAUCGCCUGUCGCUCCACUCUCAGCCACCAUGGCUGCCAAUGGCAACUUACAGAAAGCUAUAGACCUUGCUAGCAAGGCUGCUCAAGAAGACAAAGCAGGGAAUUAUGAAGAAGCCCUUCGUUUAUACCAGCAUGCGGUGCAGUACUUUCUACAUGUAGUGAAAUAUGAAGCACAGGGUGACAAAGCCAAACAGAGCAUCAGAGGGAAAUGUGCAGAAUACCUGGACAGAGCUGAAAAACUAAAGGAGUACUUGAAAAAGAAGGAAAAGGCUCCAGCUAAGCCUGUAAAAGAAUCGCAGUCAGAUGAAAAAGGGAAUGAAAGUGAUGAAGAUGGUGACCCAGAGAAAAAGAAGCGCCAAAACCAGCUCCAAGGCGCCAUAGUUAUGGAGAAGCCCAAUGUACAGUGGAGUGAUGUAGCUGGUCUGGAGGGUGCCAAAGAGGCAUUGAAAGAGGCUGUGAUUUUGCCCAUUAAAUUUCCACAUCUCUUCACAGGCAAAAGAACUCCAUGGAGAGGGAUUCUCUUGUUUGGCCCACCUGGAACUGGAAAGUCCUACCUGGCCAAAGCUGUGGCAACAGAAGCUAACAAUUCCACAUUCUUCUCUAUAUCUUCUUCGGAUCUGGUGUCAAAGUGGCUUGGUGAAAGUGAAAAGCUGGUAAAGAACCUGUUCCAACUGGCUAGAGAGAAUAAGCCCUCUAUUAUCUUCAUUGAUGAAAUUGAUUCCCUGUGUGGAUCCAGGAGUGAAAAUGAAAGUGAGGCUGCAAGGCGCAUUAAAACAGAAUUUCUUGUUCAGAUGCAGGGUGUUGGGGUAGAUAAUGAUGGAAUAUUGGUACUUGGGGCUACAAACAUUCCAUGGACACUAGACUCGGCCAUCAGAAGAAGGUUUGAGAAGCGUAUUUACAUUCCCCUCCCAGAAGAACAUGCCCGCACCUUCAUAUUCAAACUACACAUGGGCACUACUCCCACCAGCCUGACUGAAGCAGACUACCACACCCUGGGAAAAAAGACUGACGGGUACUCUGGAGCUGACGUCAGCAUUAUCGUGAGAGACGCCCUGAUGCAGCCCGUCAGAAAAGUGCAGUCAUCCACUCACUUUAAAAAGGUACAAGGAGAAUCAAGAGAGGACCCAAACCAGCUGGUAGAAGACCUCUUGACCCCAUGCUCGCCAGGAGAUCCCGAUGCUAUAGAAAUGACAUGGAUGGAAGUCCCUGGGGAUAAACUUUUGGAGCCAGUUGUUUCCAUGUCUGACAUGUUGAGAUCCCUUGCAAGCACCAAGCCAACCAUUAAUGAGCAGGACCUGGAGAAACUGAAGAAGUUUACAGAGGACUUCGGCCAGGAGGGCUGAACCUAAAAAUAAAUAAAUAAAUGUAUUCAUCCUCUCUUACUUUUCUGGUGGCAUUCCAAUACUGAGCAGCUCUCCCUAGGACAUUCAACUUGACUGAUUUGCUACACCAAUCUUUAAGAGUGGACAAAAGGGGUGUCGCUAUGGUUUUCAUGUUCCUAAUACUCCUACUGCUAAUAGGAGUGUACAUUUUCUUUAUUUGUAUAAACCUUCAAUGGUCAUGACCUAAAUAAAUAAAUACAUAUAUAUACUUUCACUGUAGAUUACUUAUUAGGGUUGGAGUAAAAAAAAAAAAAAAGAUCUUAUGGAUAUGACAGUGUCUGUAUUCCACACCUGAAAAUGGCUUGUAAAGAGUUCAUCAAUAAACAGAAGAGAGUACGUAUUCAUUAUACAGCUCCCAGAAUUAAACCAGGGUUUAUUUGUAAUUGGGAUCUACUGCUACCUGUUGAGCACACGUAGUGGUGGCUUAGAACAUGUGCCUUUUACUAUGGGUUACUUAAUACAGACUGUAUUUCUGUGUGACUUUUUGUCUAAUAGUGAGUAGCAUCUUCAUUAUGCACUCUUCGGUCAGGUUGAUAUGGAAUGUUAUCUUUGGAAUAUUGCAUCUUUUAAAGAUGGGCACAUUUAAUUUACAAUUGUAUUCAAUGAUUGUACAAGACUGUACUUCUAUGCACUUGGUGUUGGUUUUCCUAUAAAACUCUUAAAUCUUUAAAAAAAAAAAAAAAGUAUAGCGAUCUAGUGUAACAUAUGAAGUAUAAUACAAAUAUAUAUGUAUAUAUAUACAGUGCCUUGCAAAAGUAUUCAGACCCCUGACCAAUUCUCUCAUAUUACUGAAUUACAAAUGGUACAUUGAAAUUUUGUUCUGUUUGAUAUUUUAUUUUAAAA